GGGCGCGCGACACGAGACCGCUCCAAACACAUGGAGGAGGAUGUAGAGACCAUUGACACUAUUUAAACUGGAGAACAACGCACGCAGUUCUCCUCAACAAUCGAAAGAGUGAAAAUGAGGCGAUUGCUGAAGAUGACGGUGUUGGCUGUGAGCCGUGGUGUUGGACAUUUUCCCUGCAGAUGUCUCAGUAGUCGACCUCCUGCGCCACUCGGAGGCAGAAUACUCACUGACCCUAAGGACAUCUUCCAGCAUAACAUGUGGGAUCAUGUUCAGUGGUCACCAGAGGAGAUGGAAAAAGCUAGGCAAAAAGCAGAGGAGAACUCCAGAGAGCAGAUUCCAAUAGAAGAGCAAGUCAGGUAUGACAGAGACGCUAACAAAUAUUGGGACCGAUUUUAUGAAAUGCAUCAAAACAAGUUCUUCAGAAAUCGGCAGUGGCUUUUCUCUGAGUUUCCCGAGCUCUUGCCCCAGGGCUGUGACACAAGUCGUACCCCAGAAGGUCAGGAGGCUUCGGUGCCUGCAUAUCCUGAGUUAAGAGAAACUCAGCACAGCAGUAUGGAAAGCCAGCAGGGAGACUCUCACAUUCCCAACCGUGAUGUACUGAGAGAGAAGCAGCAGCACACUGAAUACCUUUCUGCAGUGCACUCUCAAGAAGCUGCUGCUUUCCCUGGACAACAUGCUUCUUUCAGAAUCCUGGAGGUGGGCUGUGGUGCAGGCAACUGUGUAUUCCCCAUCAUCAACACCAUCAGGGGCAGUGAUGCAUUCCUGUAUUGCUUUGACUUUUCUUCCAGAGCAAUUCAACUUGUCAAGGAGCAUCCAGACUACGAUCCUGCAGUAUGCCAUGCGUUUGUGCAUGACAUUUGUGAUGAUGUGUCCAUGUUUCCCUUUCCUCAUGAGAGUCUUGAUGUUAUUAUUGUGGUCUUCGUGCUCUCCUCCAUUCACCCUGAGAGGAUGCAAAGAGUGCUUAAUAGCCUGGCAGGUUACCUGAAGCAUGGCGGAAUCAUCCUGUUCAGAGAUUAUGGCAGAUAUGAUCUGUCUCAGCUGCGAUUCAAAAAAGGGCAGUGUUUGUCUGAAAAUUUCUACACACGACAAGAUGGAACCUGUGUAUAUUUUUUUAUGAAAGAUGAGGUCCAUAGGUUGUUCACUAAUGCCAGUUUGGAGGAGGUUCAGAACCUGGAAGACAGGAGACUUCAGGUGAACCGAGGAAAGAAAGUGGUGAUGCAUAGAGUGUGGAUGCAGAGCAAGUAUCGAAAACCUUCCAGAGUACCGAUAUCCUAGACCUCUCAACACAAGGAAGUUGACCACUGGGAUCGCUUAUAUGGAAGCAUAUAAGCAUUUAUGGACAUAAAAUGGCUAUGAUAAAUACAGAUAUGGUUUUAGUGGUUUGUCUGUGAAUUAAUUUCUGUCUGUCAGUGUAAAAGGGGGUAUUAAGUGAAGAACUGACCACAAGAUGGAAAGAACUGAGAGAAGUCAAUACAAGGAAUCAUUUAACUUAUUUUUCAAAGUAGAUACUGUAUUUUGCCAAAGACAUGAUUGUUAUUUUACUAAUGUGUUAUUUUAUUUAUGUGAACAAAGACAAUGAUGACAACCAUCACACAACACUACCAAAUUAAUAUCAACUUUCAAGACAAGCACCAGGUAUGUGCUGUCUUAAUGGCGGUUAUUGAAGCUUUGAAUGCCUUUUUGCAUCCUGUUGAGAUGCAGUGCUAUGGACUGUUUAGUGAAAAAUCUGCUUGCAGCCAUAAAGUAUUGCAGUCAUAAAGCAUUUACAAUAAUUGGUGACAGUGAUGCCAAAGGUGUUUAGAAAACCUCUUGCAAGGAAACCUCAAGCUUCAGUAGAACAGGUAUUGAAUAGAUAUUAUUCAGUCAUCAGAAUGUGAUAUUAAGUCAUCAGAAUUGUAUAUUUAUAUUUCUAAUAAUUUUAUACUUCUUCCUGGUCUGAUGUGUCAAGUUUUUAUUGAUGUAUUUUUUUGCAAACAAUAAUGAGAAGAAAGGUUUUUAAUGCAAGUCUUGGGGACCCUCUGUCCUGCAGAGUUUGAAUGUUUCCCCCAACUGCCAACUCAGUGGAUUCCAGCUAAUCAGCUAAUUAUCAAGCUCUUCAUGAGUCAGAUGGCAGUAAGGAAAACUUCAGAACUCAGCACGACAAUGUGUCCUCAGGACUGGAGUUAAGAAUCUUGUGAAUCUUUUUUUUUAGGUGACUGUCUGUGGGGUUUUGCAUUUUGAACAUUAUUAGUGACUUGGUGGAAGGCUGGAACCUCUUUGUUGUUUUGAAAAUUUACAGUCAACAAUUGUGGAUAUGUUAAGCAAACCCAAAUAUAUAAAUAUCUAUUCGUUGCACAUUUCUUAUUCUAGAAGGCCUGUAUGUUUUUGUGCUGUUUAUUGCUGCAUUUCAUCUAGUCAAGCUUUAAUUACAUAACCUAGAGAAUUUUGGUAAUUAUGUUAAACUCUGUUAUUGUGUAACAUUUACUGAAUUUUUGUGGCUAACACAGUGGCUACUGUUAUUAGAGCUGACAGUCCAUCUUUUUAUCUCCUAUGAACAGCUACUUUUGAUCUCUCGUUCACAUUCAAACCUAUGUAAUAAUUAAAUGACGCAUUACGAA